CGGCGCCUCCUCCGGACUCGAGCCCCUCUCCCGAUGCCCGCACGCCGCCGCCUCCUCCUGGCUUCCAACUCCACCCUCCAUGGAGGAGGCUACCUCGACCACUGCCAGAGCCACAUCCGCAGCUUCCUCGGCCAGAAUGUGAAGCGAGUUCUCUUCGUUCCUUAUGCUCUGCACGACAGAAAUGCCUAUGCCAAGAUGGCCAGGGAAAAGUUUGAAAGUUUAGGCUAUAAGUUAGACAGUAUCCAUGAGGCGCUCGAUCCAGGAGAAUCUGUAAGGAAAGCUGAAGCUAUAUUCAUUGGUGGUGGCAAUACCUUUCGUCUCUUGAAAACUCUUUACGACCAUGGUCUGGUACAGCCAAUCAGGAAAAGAGUUCUUGAGGAUGGGGUCCCAUACAUAGGAUCCAGUGCCGGAACCAAUGUAGCAACAAUCAGUAUCAACACAACCAAUGACAUGCCAAUCGUAUACCCACCUUCUUUGCUGGCCCUUGGACUCGUUCCUUUCAACAUCAAUCCACAUUAUUUGGAUCCAGAUGUUAACAGCACCCACAUGGGGGAAACCCGUGAAAAAAGGAUUCAGCAAUACCAUGAGGAGCCAAACACCCCACCAGUAUUGGGUUUACGUGAAGGAUGCCUUUUACUUGUGGAAGGAGAGAAAGCCACCUUGCAAGGAAAGACGGGGGCUCGGCUGUUUGUGAGGGGGGCCACCCCAACAGAAUAUGAGCCUGGAACAGAUUUAAGUUUUCUGUUGCAUGAAGGUCCCGAAAAGUUAUAAUGUUUUUUGAAAAGACCGCAACACAGCAAUAAUUCAAGCAGCAGCUAUGCAACAGAGUGAGAACUGCGAGUGCACAAAUCCAGGAGCUACUGGCAUCCCAGAACUGAGCUUAGUAAAUGGUUCCAGGAUUAAUCUGUACUUUCUCAUAGCACAUUCACUGGGAAAGAUACUCAGUCAGCUCUGGAAAAAAAAAGACAUAGUAAUAAAAAAUGCUGUAAGAGCA